AUGCUCAAGAACGCGCUACGAACAGAAGCCGACAAAAACGGCCUGCGGCGCCGGCUGGAGAUCAUGAAGCAGGCCGGCGCGCACCUGAACGUGGUGUCGCUCGUGGGCGUGUUUGAGGACACGUGUGCAAUCUACGUGGUCAUGGAGCGCUGCUUAGGUGGCGACUUGCUGGAGUACAUCAGCAAAAUGGGCGCGAUUCCCGAGCCGCAGGCGGCUAUUAUCUCCCCCGCGCGGCAUGCAAGCGCUUCCGCCUCCCCCUCCCCCUCGUUCAAUCCCCCGUCCCCCUCUCCUUUCAGCAGAAGCUCCGCUGCUUCCCCCGCCCCAUCCAGCUCGCCCUCCCCCGUUGGCUCUUCCCCCAGUCUUCCCCUCACUUCCCCCUCGCCGUCCGCAGCACCUUCCGCCUCGCGCGCCCAGAACCCAGAUUCCGGAACGCUUUCUGAAUCCAACUCCGAGCCCCCCGAUUCCUCCGCCUCUCCCGCCUCUGCCCCCGCCUCCGCCUCCGGCGCCGCUGGCGCCGCCGCUGCUGCAGGACCAGAAGCAGUACCUGCAGACGACGUUCCCGACGCAACCCCAGCCUUUUUCGCGUUCAACUUUCAGGGCCCCUUCGUGCGACUGAACGACUUCACUCUGGCGACGCGCCGUCGCAGAGGGUCGUACGUGAGCGGCGCGGUGGGAAGCCUGCCGUACAAAUCGCCAGAGAUGAUUAUGAAGGGUCGUUCCAACGAGAAGGCGGACAUUUGGAGCCUGGGAGUCAUUCUCUACUCCAUGCUCUCGGCUCGGUGGCCUUUUUAUUCGCCUAAGAAAGCGGUUCUUGAGCGGAAGAUCCUGAAUGGCCACGUUGACUUUUCCGGUGAUCCCUGGCCGUCGAUCUCAGAUGACGCAAAGGAUCUCGUUCGUCGGAUGCUGGCUGUCAAUCCGAACGAACGGCCGUCCGCUACGGAGCUGCUAAAGCAUCCAUGGGUGGUGAAGUUUCUUCUAGCGGAAUCCCAAGGGGGGAGCUCGGGCGCUGAUUCUGGCGCAGCAGGCACAGGUGUUAGGGGAAGUGGGGGGGUGGCGGUGGCGCAGCAAGUGAAGAACGGGAAGUUAUCCGGAAGGGAGGUUACUGAAGAGGGAUGGCACUGCAACGAUAAGAUGGACCGACUGAAAGCGCCGCCGCUGAAAUCGCUACAGCUGCUGGGUCCCUCCCACCCUUCUGAAAAGCUGUCAGCAUAG